CUCCCGGCCGCUCGCCUGGUUCCCUGUGCUGCCUCACUGCCAACACCACCUCCCACCACCACCACCACCCUAUACCGCGUCACAUCGUUUGGCUCCAAAGGACACUGGAACUGGCCAUCCACACCACGGUCUGCUCCCGGCCCGGGAAUUUCUCCCUCUUCUUUUUUUUUUUUUGGGCUGCGUGUUUUCCCUGGGCUUCUCUUCGUUCCGGCCAGCAUCUCUUUGUCUGGUUUCAUGUGUCCGCUUUUUUACUUUACACGAAUGUCUCCCGCAGAGGCGCCUGCCUGCUCCCGCCUCCACUGUUGACUUGUGGCCACCGCCCCGACUCGACACCCUCCUUCCUGCUGCACCUCGCCCGCCUCCCAGCAGCUCCUGAUCAAAGUCCUGUCCCGUCGCGCCGUGCCGCCGGCUGCACAUUCGUUGCAACAGCCUUAUUUGCUUGCUUCGCUCUUGGGCCUCGAGUCCCGCGGGAAAUACUCCCCCAACAAGCUCGAGCCCGCCCGUGGCCCCACGACCAGGUAGUGCACCGAGCCGACUUGGUCUUGCUGCCGCCGCCGCCGCCCCCAUCCGCACAACAUGUCGGAGACGUACGAUGUCGGGACGAGGGCCUGGCAGCCCGACGCCGCCGAGGGCUGGGUCGCCUCCGAGGUGGUCAACAAGAAGGUCGAUGGCUCCAAGGUGAUCCUCACAUUCAAGCUCGAGGAUGGCUCGUCCAAAGACGUCACCGUUAGCCUCGAGGGCCUCCAGAACGGUUCCGACCCCGCAUUACCGCCGUUGAUGAACCCGACCAUGCUGGAGGCCAGCGAUGACCUGACGAACCUUUCGCACCUGAACGAGCCGGCUGUGCUCCAGGCCAUCCGCCUUCGAUAUGCACAGAAGGAGAUUUAUACAUACUCGGGCAUAGUACUAAUAGCGGCGAACCCUUUCGCCCGUGUCGACUCCCUUUACGUCCCCGGCAUGGUUCAGGUCUAUGCCGGGAAGCAGAGGGCAACCCAAGCGCCCCACCUUUUCGCCAUCGCCGAGGAGGCCUUCAUGGACAUGUUGAGAGAUAACAAGAACCAGACUGUCGUGGUCUCUGGAGAGUCCGGUGCCGGCAAGACAGUCAGUGCUAAGUACAUCAUGCGAUACUUUGCCACCAGAGAAUCGCCCGACAACCCGGGCGGACGGUCCAAAAAAGGCGCCGAGGCCAUGAGCGAGACGGAGGAGCAGAUUCUGGCCACCAACCCCAUCAUGGAAGCUUUCGGAAACGCAAAAACCACGAGGAACGACAACUCGUCGCGCUUCGGAAAGUACAUCGAGAUCAUGUUCGACUCCCAGACCAACAUCAUCGGUGCCAAGAUCAGGACCUACCUGCUCGAGCGGUCACGUCUCAACUUCCAGCCUCUGAAGGAGCGUAACUACCACAUCUUUUACCAGAUGGUGGCCGGUGUGACGGACCGGCAGCGCGAGGAGCUGGGAAUCCUGCCGAUCGAGCAGUUCGAGUAUCUGAACCAGGGCAACACCCCGACCAUCGACGGCGUCGACGACAAGGCCGAGUUCCAUGCCACAAAGGCUUCGCUCAAGACGAUUGGUGUCGACGAGGGGCAGCAAGACGAGAUCUUCAAGCUGCUGGCAGGCCUGCUCCACCUCGGCAACGUCAAGAUCGGUGCCUCGAGGACCGACAGUGUUCUGGCCCCGACCGAGCCCUCCCUGGAGCGCGCCUGCGCCAUCCUGGGUAUCAACGCCGGCGAGUUCGCCAAGUGGAUCGUCAAGAAGCAGCUUGUCACUAGGGGUGAAAAGAUCACUUCUAACCUGACGCAGGCCCAGGCCAUCGUUGUGCGGGACUCGGUCGCAAAGUUCAUCUACUCCAGCCUGUUCGACUGGCUUGUCGACAUCAUCAACCGAAGCUUGGCCACGGACGAGGUCCUCAACCGCGUCAAGUCCUUCAUCGGUGUCCUGGAUAUCUACGGUUUCGAGCACUUCGCCAAGAACUCGUUUGAGCAGUUCUGUAUCAACUAUGCCAACGAGAAGCUGCAGCAAGAGUUCAACCAGCACGUCUUCAAGCUGGAGCAGGAGGAGUACCUCAGGGAGCAGAUCGACUGGACCUUCAUCGACUUCUCCGACAACCAGCCCUGCAUCGACCUGAUCGAAGGCAAGCUGGGCAUCCUGUCGCUCCUGGACGAGGAGUCGAGACUUCCCAUGGGCGCCGACGAGCAGUUUGUGAACAAGUUGCACCACCACUACUCGGGCGACAAGCACAAGUUCUACAAGAAGCCUAGGUUCGGAAAGUCGGCCUUCACCGUCUGCCACUAUGCCGUCGACGUUACGUACGAGUCCGAGGGCUUCAUCGAGAAGAACCGCGAUACCGUGCCGGACGAGCACAUGGCGGUCCUCAGGGCCUCGAGCAACAAGUUCCUGGGUCAGGUCCUGGACGCUGCCUCGGCUGUUCGCGAGAAGGAUCUGGCGUCGGCGACUACGUCGGCCGUGAAGCCCGCGGCGGGUCGUAAGAUUGGUGUCGCGGUGAACCGCAAGCCGACUCUGGGAGGCAUCUUCCGCUCCUCGCUCAUCGAGCUGAUGAACACCAUCAGCAACACUGAUGUCCACUACAUCAGGUGCAUCAAGCCCAACGAGGCCAAGGAGGCCUGGAAGUUCGAGGGCCCCAUGGUUCUCAGUCAGCUGAGGGCCUGCGGUGUCCUCGAGACGGUCCGCAUUAGCACUGCCGGCUACCCGACCAGGUGGACGUACGAGGAGUUUGCGCUUCGCUACUACAUGCUGGUCCCGUCCAGCCAGUGGACUGCCGAGAUCAGGCCCAUGGCCAACGCCAUCCUGUCCACGGCCCUGGGCAACAGCACGGGUGCCAAGGGCACCGACAAGUACCAACUCGGCCUGACCAAGAUCUUCUUCCGCGCAGGCAUGCUCGCCUUCCUGGAGAACCUGAGGACGAACAAGCUAAACGACUCGGCCAUCAUGAUCCAGAAGAACCUGCGGGCUAGGUACUACCGCCGCAGGUAUCUCCGGACCCGCGAGGCCAUCAUCCGCUCGCAGGCCAUCUUCAGGGGUGCCAGGGCCCGCAAGGCGGCGCAGCAGAUGCGCAUCGCCAAGGCUGCCACCACCAUCCAGAGGGUCUGGCGCGGCUACAAGCAGCGCAAGGCGUUCCUGAAGUCCCGCGCCGAGAUCGUCCACAUACAAGCGGCCAUGAAGGGCUACCUGCGUAGGAAGGAGAUCAUGGAGACCCGUGUUGGCAACGCCGCCCUUCUCAUCCAGAGGGUUUGGCGGUCGAGGAGGCAGCUCCGCUCGUGGCGCCAGUACCGCAAGAAGGUCACGCUCAUCCAGAGCCUGUGGCGCGGAAGGACAGCGCGUCGCGAGUACAAGAAGGUCAGGGAGGAGGCGCGCGACCUCAAGCAGAUCUCGUACAAGCUGGAGAACAAGGUGGUCGAGUUGACACAGUCGCUCGGCACCAUGAAGGCGCAGAACAAGGACCUCAAGACCCAGGUGGAGAACUACGAGAACCAGAUCAAGUCGUGGAAAAGCAGGCACAACGCGCUCGAGGUCAGGACCAAGGAGCUGCAGACGGAGGCGAACCAGGCCGGUAUCGCGGCGGCCAAGCUGGAGCAGCUGGAACAGGACUUCACGAAGCUACAGGCCAACUUCGACGAGUCGGCCGCCAACGUCAAGAGGAUGCAGGCGGCCGAGGCGGAGCUCAAGGACUCGCUGCGGGCCACCAGCACGCAGCUCGACCAGGCCAGGCAGGACGUGACGCGCUCCGAGGCGGAGAAGAACAACCUCAGGCAGCAGCUGGUCGACCUCCAGGACCAGCUGGAGCUGGCGAGGCGCAGCGCCCCCAUCGCCAACGGCGACGCUGCCAACGGCGGCGUCGCCCCGGCCAUCGCCAACGGCCUCAUCAACCUCGUCUCGUCCAAGAAGCCCAAGCGACGCAGCGCCGGCGCCGAGCCGAGGGAGAUGGACAGGUACAGCAUGGCCUACAACCCGCGCCCCGUCUCCAUGGCGGUCACGGGCAACACGCGCCAGCACCUCUCGGGCUCGACCUUUGUGGCGGGCGCCGACACGAUAGAGAUGGAGCUCGAGUCGCUGCUCGCCGACGAGGAUGGCCUCAACGAGGAGGUCACGGUCGGCCUCAUCCGCAACCUCAAGAUCCCGUCGCCCAACACCAACCCGCCGCCAUCGGACAAGGAGGUGCUGUUCCCGUCGUACCUGAUCAACCUGGUGACGUCGGAGAUGUGGAACAACGGCUUCGUCAAGGAGUCGGAGCGGUUCCUGGCCAACGUGAUGCAGUCGAUCCAGCAGGAGGUCAUGCAGCACGACGGCGAGGACGCCAUCAACCCCGGCGCCUUCUGGCUGUCCAACGUGCACGAGAUGCUCUCGUUCGUCUUCCUCGCCGAGGACUGGUACGAGGCGCAAAAGACUGACAACUACGAGUACGACCGUCUGCUGGAGAUUGUUAAGCACGACCUGGAGAGCCUCGAGUUCAACAUCUACCACACGUGGAUGAAGGUGCUCAAGAAGAAGCUGCAGAAGAUGAUCAUCCCCGCAAUCAUCGAGUCGCAGUCGCUUCCUGGCUUCGUUACUAACGAGAACAGCCGGUUCCUGGGCAAGCUGCUCCAGACCAACUCGGCGCCUGCCUUUAGCAUGGACAACCUGCUCAGCCUGCUGAACAGCGUGUUCCGCGCCAUGAAGGCCUUCUACCUCGAGGACACCAUCAUCACCCAGACGGUGACGGAGCUCCUGCGUCUGGUCGGCGUCACCGCCUUCAACGACCUGCUGAUGCGCCGCAACUUCCUGUCGUGGAAGCGUGGUCUGCAGAUCAACUACAACAUCACCCGCAUCGAGGAGUGGUGCAAGAGCCACGACAUGCCCGAGGGCACCCUUCAGCUUGAGCACUUGAUGCAAGCAACCAAGCUUCUGCAGCUUAAGAAGGCUACCCUGAACGACAUUGAGAUCAUUCAGGAUAUUUGCUGGAUGCUCUCUCCCAACCAGAUCCAGAAGCUGCUUAACCAGUACCUGGUUGCGGACUACGAGCAGCCCAUCAAUGGCGAGAUCAUGAAGGCUGUCGCCUCGAGGGUGACAGAGAAGAGUGAUGUGCUGCUCCUGCAGGCCGUCGACAUGGAGGACAGCGGUCCUUACGAGAUCGCCGAGCCCAGGGUCAUUACCGCCCUGGAGACGUAUACCCCAUCAUGGCUGCAAACUCCUCGGCUCAAGCGCCUUGCCGAGAUCGUGUCGGCGCAGGCGAUUGCGCAGCAGGAGAAGCUCGACAUGCAGGAGGACUAUGACGGCUCCACCGAGGAGCUGACAGAGGUCGAGGAGACGCUUGAGGCGCAGGAGCCCAUCGGCGCAAGCGCCUAGUGGGUGACGCCAGGGUUAGGAUCGCACUUGGCCAGAUCCACGGCAGCGGCUUCGCCCAAGUCGGUGGUGUUUGCGCGGUGGAGUGCUAGGGACCCGCCGUGUCCGGGCCGGCUCUUUGAGCCCCGUGCCCGGUCUCGCUCGCCCCGGCCUCCCGUCAGCGCCACGAUGAGCAAAUACGACGAUUAUAACGACCAUGACCGGGUUGGGGGUGAGAAAGUCCCGCCCAUUACUUAGUAACUUGUUUAUUUUUUUUUUCCAACCUCGCGGUGUGGCUAGGCCUGGCGCUGUCCCUGUCUCGUCAAUCGGGGACCGCCAGUGCCGAUACGAUGCCACUGUCUCGCUCCAGCCUGCCCGGAAAAGAACCUUGGCUUUCGCUGUAUAAUGUUCUUGUUAAAUCUUCCAUCUCGUCCUCGUUUGCCACUGUGCCACCUUCUCCCUUCUGACUCGUCGUUUGCAAGGUCGUGGAAAAUGCCGGCGGCGAAUCAUGGCCUUGUCGGGCCUGAGCUUCCUCUUGUCAUACCUCUGCCUCGGAUCAGGGAGAUAUGAAGCCCCAGAUCUGGCUUCUUUGUGCUCUCUCAAGGGGUGCUCGGCUGGCAAGCCAAGUGCUUCAAAGUCUUCUCGUCCUCAUUUUGUAAAACGGGCUUGGCACUUUUGGCUAUUUUCCCAUGCGCAUGGAGUCGGUCACACCCUUAGGAUGGCAUGGUUCACGGCUAGAGAAUGAGUGGGGUACAAGCUAUGGCGUCUUUAUACUCAUUAGGUGGGAGGGCUAUACUUUUUUUUCAAUAUCUUUUCUCUUCCGGGAUUGAAUGCUGUUCGCAUCUAUUACCUGAGCAAACUGUAGCGAGGGUCAUGAUAUGUGGGACGAGUGUGAUAGGUAGGGGAGAGGAAUAGCAAAAGGGGACUGCGGAUGCAUGUUUGGCUAGCUGGCUGGCUGGCAUUUCAAGAUAGGGAAAGGCAGCAAGCAGAUGGCUCUUUGCAUGUAAACAUUCAUCUGUACUGCUAUCCCAUGUAGAUACGCCACCACUUGAAAAUACCUCGCAAUGCCCUCGACCGCUUGGCUAGGUGGCCAGGUGCCGACCCAGGUAUGCCCCUCAUGUGGAAGUCGACAGGCGGGUCGACAGAGGGAUGGUACGGUUUAUAGUAUAAAUCUAUCUUCUGGUACAAAACAAUGGAUGUAGGCGAAGAUAAAG